CCCCCACCCAUCCUCCUCUCAAAGCAUUUACCUACCAUCACCACACCACCACUCAUUAUUUAUCCUCAAGAUGGUGGAUUGGAUCUCCCUCACUGUGCCGUUUGCCUACUUGGGCGUCUUACUUGGCUCCCUCGCAACAUUCUCCUCACUCUAUCGCAAGCGCAAAGCCAGAAAGGCAUUCUCGCUCGAGCCAUGGUUUCCCGCCCACGUGCAGCGCGACAUCUACUUUAACCUUCUACACCUCGAUCCCCCGAAAGACAGCAAGGAGAAGAAGAGCCCCGCAGUUCCAGAGUCGGUGCUCAAGGCUGCGCUGCUGCGCCGUGCGAUCGAAGAUAUCAAGCGCGUGAUGCAAUUGAGGGCGCAGAAGCAGGCCCUGGCCAUGUUGUUGCAGCGCGGCAGUGUAGGGGAUGAUCUCUGGCAGCGAUUUACGAGGGCGGAGAAGGAGAUGGAGGAGGAGGUGCGGGAUGUUGUCGCUGAGGCCAAUGCGUAUGUUCCUGGCUGGGGUCAGACGAUCUUUCAAUCCGCAAAUGAGAUGUUGAACAACGACCUCUAUCGGGAACGCAUGGAAAAAGAGCAGGCUAAGCUUGAGGAGGAGCGCAAGUGGUGGGAGAAGAAGAAGGCCGAUUCUCAGGAAGAGCUGAUGAAAGAGUUGGAUGCCGGGGCUGUGAAUGCGAACCCUUCGAGGAAACAGUCGGAAUCAACUACCGCCGCCUCCGCCGCUACCCCUACGACCCCUACCGCUACGAGUGGUGUCGCCACGCCAAAUUCGUCUACCCCUGCGACCAAAACCCCUGAAUCGUCUUCGGGAGCGCCGCCCUCGGUGGCAGGAAGCAGUGAUGAUGACGCAGUGUUGGUCGAGGCAGAUGAGCAGGGAAAGAAAUGAGCGGGCGCAUGAGUCUAUGGAAUCGGUCUGUUUG